GUCUGAAUAAGAAAACGUCCCCGAUGUUACGAACCAAGAUCACCAGAGACACAAACAAGGAGGCGUGAGGCCUGGCGGGGGUUCCGGUUUGGUCUCGUCCGGUCACAUGAGCUGCGUUCAUGUGACCGGGUCACGUGAUCCGAUGAAUAUAUAUUGAGAGGGCCAGCGCUUCUCAAUCUCUGGUUGUUGACCAGUGACGCACGGACGGGCGGAGAACCAGGAGCUGAAGAUUUAAUAUCCACACCUACAGCUGACAAACGAGCCACAGGCAAAAUGUGGUGUUCAACCUUUCUGUUAUUGGCUGCCAGCUUGUCGGUGAGCCUGGCCAGACCCCAUUUCAAACCAAUGUCCAGUGAGAUGGUCAACUUCAUCAAUAAGGUCAACACUACUUGGAAGGCUGGUCACAACUUCCAUAAUGUUGACUACAGUUAUGUCAAGAGACUCUGCGGUACGAUGCUGAACGGACCGAAGCUGCCAGUCAUCGUUCAGUAUGCUGGAGACAUGAAGAUGCCGACCAACUUUGACUCCAGGGAGCAGUGGCCCAAUUGUCCCACUCUGAAGGAGAUCAGAGACCAGGGCUCCUGUGGAUCCUGCUGGGCAUUUGGUGCUGCGGAGGCCAUCUCUGACCGAGUGUGUAUCCACAGCAAUGCCAAGGUCAGCGUGGAGAUCUCCUCAGAGGAUCUGCUGUCCUGCUGCGAGAGCUGUGGUAUGGGCUGUAAUGGUGGCUACCCUGCAGCUGCCUGGGACUACUGGACCUCUGAGGGGCUGGUGUCUGGCGGCCUCUAUGACUCCCACAUUGGUUGUCGGCCCUACACCAUCCCCCCCUGUGAACACCACGUGAAUGGCAGCAGACCGUCCUGCUCUGGGGAGGGUGGACAUACACCCAAGUGUGUCUUCCGGUGUGAACCUGGAUACACACCCAGCUACAAAGUGGACAAGCACUUUGGUAAAACGUCUUACAGCGUGCUGCCAGAAGAGGAGCAGAUUCAGAGUGAGAUAUACAAGAAUGGCCCAGUAGAGGGAGCCUUUACCGUCUAUGAAGACUUUGUGCUGUACAAGUCUGGUGUGUACCAGCAUGUGUCUGGGUCUGCGGUGGGUGGCCACGCCAUCAAGAUCCUGGGCUGGGGAGAGGAGGAUGGGGUUCGCUACUGGCUCUGUGCCAACUCCUGGAACACUGACUGGGGUGAUAAUGGAUUCUUUAAGUUCCUGCGAGGAUCAAAUCACUGUGGUAUUGAGUCUGAGAUUGUGGCUGGGAUUCCCAAAUAGAUUCUAAGGUGUUGAGCUGCGGUGUUUUUACUAAAUCACUGGAGAGCGAUACACUCAAAAUGCCAGCUCUCAAACUCUUAACAGCUUUUAGUCCUUUUUUAUUUUUUUUAAAGCCCUCUAAUCAACUUGCAAACAUUGCAUGUUGUUUGCUUUUGACAGCACACAGAACAAACUCAAGAGCAACCUACACCUCAUCUAUUAGCAGAUAGAGUAUGUGUUUGAGCACAAAUCAGCAUUGUUUUAUUGAAGGUGUUUUUUGUGAAUGAGCUGUUGCAAGGGCUUGUUCACUUAUCUCCUAAAGCAAUGUUGCAUGGGAGGAAAAAGUUUUUUUUAAACGUUUAGGUGCAUUACACUUUUCUCAGGUGAUUUGAAGCAUAUUGGCACUGUUGUAGAACUUUAUUUGUUGCCUAUGUCAUCACAUUUUUGGUACUUGCAGAGAGUGUCUUAGAAAAACUGAGUUUAUGAUUGGGAUAAAUUACAAGACUCAGCCUAAUACAGCAGAGUUUUAAUUUGUCUACUUUUUUAUGAACACAGCUUUCAUAUUUUAUAUUUUAUUCAACAUUAUUUCUCAGUGCCGCAAAUGCCACUAUAUGUUAGGAUGUUCCCAUUGUGAUUGGUGCCUGUUAAUGUUUUUUAAUUUUUGAAUACCGGAUGAAAAAUUUAAAUUUCUUUUUUAAGAAUAUGGUUGCCAAUUGGAUGUUUUUAUUGUCUGCCUGUAUAGAGUACAAAUAUUGGUACAUAACUGUUUUAUGUUCUGAAAUAAAUAAAACCACAUGAAUCCCAA